CCCCAAGUCGGUUUGUGUGCAGGUGAACUCUGGAUUCUCGCCACCAAACAACAGAAAUGCCUUGACAGGAUAUGAAAUAAAGGAGAAAUUACAUGUUUGAACUGGCAGAAACGCCAGAAACCAAAACACGGUUCGUUACGCGAAAUAUUAAUCGGAAAUGGAAGAAAACCAACUUCAUUAUCGAACUGUUUCAAAGUAACCGACUCACCUGGAACUGCCGAGGCUACAGAAACAUCAAGCGUCCCAGAAAAGAUGGCAGACGACAGAGUGGCCAUCUUAACAGAAGAUGAAGAGGAGCUGAAGAGGAAACACCUUGAGCGCUUUGACCGCCUGUCACUUGAGAUUCAAUCACCAUCUCAACCACCUGAAAAUGAUGUACCAAAUGAUACAGCGCCCACCCCAUCCCCUCAACACGACAUGGGCUGCUGUGAACGGUUGUUCCUACGGGUCAACCGCCACCUCCUUGUGUCAAAAGUGUUUUAUUUGUUCUUCUAUGCCGCCUAUGGUUCCCUUCAUCCCCUUCUUGCUCUGUACUACAAGCAGCUGGGGAUGAAUCCAACUCAAAGUGGUCUCCUAGUGGGAAUCCGUUAUUUCAUAGAGUUCUGUAGUGCCCCUUUUUGGGGCAUUGUCGCAGAUCGAUUCAGGAAAGGAAAGGCAGUCUUGCUGUUCUCAAUGUUAUGCUGGAUCCUCUUCAAUGCUGGGAUUGGCAUCGUGAAGCCACCAAUUAUGGCAUGUAAAGAGGAGAACAUCCCGACAACAACAACCAAGGUACCAACUGUCCAUCCUACCCCUUCUAAUGAAACAUACUUCCCCAAUACUAGUUCAACAAGUCAAAUGAGACGACGCAGGGAUCUGAUUGUACAGUACCCUUGGCAAACCAUCCUUUCCUCCGUUGAGUCUUCAGGCUACAUCUCUGAACAUCGGAUCAAACGGGAUUCAAACUCGAGUUUUACCCCAGCACCUGAAGAACUGGCUAACAUCACACAAACUAACCAAACCAGUUCAACCACACAACCCAAGCCAAGCACAUCCAUCUCAACAUCAACCCCCAGCAGCACAAACACAACAUCUAGCAGCACUACCAAGAGUACCACAACCAACCCAAACUUGCCACCCCCUGAGUAUAACAUGGACCAGGUUAACGCCAUUUUUCUGCUGAUUCUGCUCGUCAUCAUCAUUGGCGAGUUUUUCAGUGCUCCAGCUAUUACAAUUGUAGAUACGGUGACACUACACUACCUGGGUCCACACCGUGACCGCUAUGGCCUGCAACGUAUGUGGGGAUCUCUAGGCUGGGGUCUUGCUAUGCUCUGCAUUGGCAUCUGGAUUGACCACACCAGCACCAACCUUAUCAUUGGCAACAUGGAGUGCAUUAUGAAAAAUUACAAGAACUACCACAUUGCUUUCAUUGUGUUUGGCGUAUUAAUGGUAGUCGCUCUGAUCGUGGCAACUCAGUUUAAGUUUGAUGUUCAGCACCAUGGUACAAAUGAAGGACAAGAGGUUGGUAGCCAACAGGAAAAUGUCCGACCUAGAGGUUCCCCUGGAACAGGGAGCUCGGAGACCCCAACAAUUGUCCAAGCUGAGGAAUUUCACUUCUGGGACUUGAUGCGACUGCUGUGCGGCGUACAGUACAGCACAGUGUUAUUCGUGGCCUGGUUCAUGGGCUUUGGCUAUGGAUUUGUUUUUACUUUCCUUUACUGGCAUUUACAGGACCUGACAGGAACCACAACGCUGUUUGGUAUUUGCUCUGUCCUCAGUCAUGUGUCGGAGCUUGCUGCUUAUUUCACCAGCCAUAAAUUCAUUGAACUGGUGGGACACAUCAGAGUAUUGUAUAUUGGCCUGGCCUGUAACACAGCACGUUACCUCUACAUCUCGUAUCUGGAGAACGCCUGGACCGUCCUGCCCAUGGAAGUACUUCAAGGCAUAACGCAUGCGUCAGUCUGGGCAGCAUGUAUCUCAUAUCUGAGCGCAGCUGUACCUCCUCCACUUCGGACAUCGGCUCAGGGUAUCCUGCAGGGGCUCCAUCUGGGCCUGGGCAGAGGCUGCGGAGCGAUGGUCGGCGGGAUAUUUGUUAAUUACUUUGGCGUUGCUGAAACGUUCAGGGGAAUUGGAAUGGCCUCGCUUGUUAUUUUACUCAUCUUUUCAUUUAUUAUGUACAUCACUGGCCAGAAUGAGAAGAAAGAAGACAAGAUGCUAGCAGAAAACAUCCCUAUCCCGUCCAGCCCUGUUCCCAUCGCGACCAUCGACCUGGUUCAGAACACAGCGGACGUGGCGACACCCGCUCGACCCGAACCCAAACUACCAGCCCGCAAAACUCAACACCAGGAGGAGCAGGAGGAUCUGAAUAAACCUGCCUGGGUCCCGUCCGGCUCUCCAUGGGUUUCAGUUGCUCUCCUGGUUUACCAGAUCAGAGAGAUGGUGCUUUUGGCAAAAGCACAGCCCACUGUUGAGGUCCAGCCACUGCAGGAUACAGAUGAGGUCCGCUCGGACUCUCAAGAAGACCAAUCACCUCCCGUCUUUAGCGACACCAUGCAGAGUGAAAACACUCCCAGUGGCCUUCAGGACCACCCCGGCUCACCCACUGCACAACUGAACGUCCCAACACGGGAAACACAGCCUCCAUCACAACCUAUCAGCUGACACCAAAAACAAAACUGACCCGGUAACCACCGACUGCAUUUUAUCUAGACUUUUUACAAAUCUACAUUGGAAAAACACAGGAACGGGAAACUUUUUAAUGGCCUUUGUAGGAUUUUUAACUUAUUUCCAGGUGUUUUGCACACAAAAAAAUAUUAUAAUAAAGCCUGGUGGGUUUUAAAGUGUAA